AUGGUCAUUAUGGACAGAUCACUUGUCUUUACUUCUCUUCUACUACUUGUCACCUUCUUCCAUUCCACCACCACUCCGGCACCCACCGUCCCCAAAGCUCCCUCCAUUGACGUUGUGCAAAUUCUGAGGAAGGCCAAGAGAUUCACUGUUCUGAUACGGUUGCUGAAGACAACCCAAUUAAUCAACCAACUUAACUCGCAGCUUAUGACCUCAGGCUCCGGUGGACUCACAAUUUUCGCCCCAGAAGAUAGUUCCUUCUCCAAACUCAAACCAGGGUUCUUGAACUCCCUCGAUGACAGGCAAAAGGUCGAGCUUCUUCAGUUCCACACCAUCUCUUCCUUCAUUUCCAUCUCCAACUUCGAUACUCUAACCAACCCAGUUCAGACUCAGGCCGGCGACGACCCAAAAAGGCUCCAACUUAACGUCACAACUGACAGCAGCAGCCGAGUGAGCAUGAUGACCGGCGCCGUUAAUGCCACCGUGACGGGCACAGUGUACACAGACAACAAGCUCGCCAUAUAUCAGGUAGACAAGGUGCUUCUUCCACUUGACUUUGUGAUUCCCAAGGCUCAGGCACCGUCCCCAGCGGCGGCAGCGGAAGCAGAAUCGCCUAAAUCCGGUAACACGAAGUCGGCGUCAUCUGAUGAGGGUGAAGAUGAUAACAAUGAGGCUAAUAAGGCCAAUGAAGUGGAAUCUUCUGCAGGUUCUGUGAGUUUUUGCUCAGAAAUGAUGCCUCUUCUUCUUGGCUUUGCGUUUCUGGGCGGAUCCAUCAUAUGA